CUUUGGACCUUCCGGUCGCGGAGUACGUAACUUCCUUCCGCAGAAGAGCAGCUCGUCUUUGAACUGGUGAAACAUUAGUGGGGCUUAGAAGUCGUUAUAUCAUAGGGAUAUGGGGGUGACUUGUGUCUCCCAGGUUCCGGUGGCAGAGGGGAAGAGCGUACAGCAGACAGUGGACAUUCUCCACAGGAAGCUGGAGCAGCUGGGUGCAGUGAAGCAGGGCAACUUCUGUGUGGACUGUGAGACCUACCAUGCUGCGGGCACUACCAGCGGUCAGCCGCCCAAGUUUCUCUAUGUGAUGCACAACUCGGAGACGCCGCUCAGCUGCAUGGGCAUGUUCGAGGGCGGCCCCUGCCUCAUCGCCGAUGGCAACUUUGACGUGCUGAUGGUGAAGCUCAAGAGCCACUUCCAGAAUGCCAAGGGCCACAAGGUGGAGACGCGCGGGGCCCGCUACCAGUACUGUGACUUCCUGGUGAAGGUGGGGACCGUCACCAUGAGCUCCAGCGCUCGUGGGAUCUCCGUAGAGGUGGAGUACUGCCCAUGUGUCGUGCCGGGGGACUGCUGGAACCUGAUGAAGGAGUUCAUGCAAAGCUUUCUGGGCUCAAAUGUCCCAGAGAUGCCCUCUGUGUUCGCUGCCAAGCCGGAGGGACUCUAUGCUCUUGCUGACUGCACCGACACUAUGACUCAGUACUUAGAGCUGUUCAACAAGGUCCGCAAGCAGCAGGCUGUGCCAGGGAGUGGCGUGCGGUGAGAGGAGUCAGACCCGGACAGGGAGGCGUGGAUAUCCCACCAGAAAGAGCGACGGAAGGAGAUCCAGCAGUAACAGCUGAACAGGAAGUCUGAAGCUUUGGAUGGUGUAACCGGCUUUGCAAGCUCUACCAAACUAAAUUUGGUGAUAGCACAGUCAACAGAUUUCAUAUUUCUAAAACAGCACUUUUUUAAAAAAUUGGUGAUCAGAUGAUAUUAUUGUGACAUGAAAGUGUUUGCAGGUGUUGUGCAUUUUCAUAUGUAUUAAGGGGAUUCAAAGAGUGUGAAAUCUUGCAGUUUACUGGCUGUUUCUUUUUCACGCUUUUUUCAGGUUAUUAAAUCAUAGUAAAAUAUCCAGCAGCUUAGAUGGUCACUGCUUUGUCGGUAGAUUACACUUUGUGUAAGACUUAUCUUCACUGAAUAAAUUUUUUUUACAAUUC